AUGCAUCUACCAAAUUGCCAGGAAAUGUGCGCCCAUGGAUAUGAAUGCGUGAGAAGAGACGAAAGGUACGAAAUAUAAACGACCUUUAUCUUUUUAGUAUAAUAUGUGAGCGUAGAGUGACCACAACACCUCCAACAUCGUCUAUGGUGCCUGUGCUUGACGAUCCACUGAUUCCGGCCAACCAAAUCUUCGCUUUGGCGUUUACUGUUUUCAUAUUGGUGGUUGCUAUUACAGCCUGGGUUAUCUACAGAACGUAUAAAAACCAUGUAUAA